CCAAGAUCUUGGAGACGUCAUUCGACACGCGCAGCUGCUCCGAGAAAUUAAUUUGCGACUCUUCUCUCAGCUUCCUUUUCCAUGCACCGCCUUAAUCUGAGGAGAAGACAUGGCCAAAUAUGACUUGAAGCUCCUCCGGUCACUUCUGUCUCGCUCUACAACCCGUCCGUUCACUAAGGGCCAGUCUCGUCGUCUCGCAACCGAGAAGCCUCCGACACCAGCGAACAGUAAUGAGGACUUUGUCUCCAUAGUUGAUGCGCCUCCGCGUCUGGUGCGCAGCGGCCAAAAACACAGUAAACUCGGUAUUGCCCUACUCUCGCUCAUUCCCGUCACCGCCUUUGCUCUCGGGACCUGGCAAAUCCAACGUUUAGAUUGGAAGACCAAGCUCAUCGCAAAAUACGAAGACCGUCUCGUGCGGCCACCGCUACCGCUCCCACCGAGGAUUGACCCCGAAGCGAUCCAUGAAUUCGAUUACAGAAGGGUGUAUGCCACCGGAAGGUUUAGACAUGACCAAGAGAUGCUCAUCGGGCCGAGGACGCAGGAUGGGAAGGAUGGGUUUAUGGUGGUCACUCCUUUAGAACGAGAAGGAGGGAGUACUAUCUUGGUGAACCGGGGGUGGAUCAGCAAAGAGAAGAGAUUUCAGGUCGACAGAGAUCCGGAAAGCUUGCCCAAGGGCGAGAUCACGGUUUCGGGACUGCUCAGAGAACCUUGGAAGAAGAACUUCUUCACGCCGAAAAAUCAGCCUGAGAACGGCAAAUUCUAUUUCCCCGAUGUUCACGAGAUGGCAGAGGUUGUGGGCGCUGCACCUGUCUGGAUUGAAGAGACCAUGACCCCAGACUUGUUGGUUAGUUACUCUCGAGAGGCCAGAGGGAUUCCCAUCGGGAGAGCACCAGAAGUCAAUCUGAGGAACAAUCAUUUGCAGUAUAUCUUUACAUGGUACUCAUUAUCCGCCGCCACAACGUUCAUGAUGUGGCUGCUGCUGAAGAAGAAACCGAUCGACAGAGCUCGACGGGUUCGCCAUGUCACCAACUGGUAAAAUGUCCAACGAUGAUCACUGAUCCGACAACUCAUUGGGAUCCAAGCCAGCCGCAAUCUCCUGGGGAAGCAACUCUUUCGCAGCUUUCAGAAGCUCCCCAUCAUUCUGAAGCAACCGCUGCCGACGCAUCAACAUUAGGACGUCGCUCUGAUCGAUGCGUUUCCGCCGCGCGUGGGUAGAGUAAACUUCCAGGUCUUCGCCAAUUUGCUCGAAAUACCACUCGGUCGCCUGUUCGAGGGCUUGCAUGUGGUCCCUUCCGAGUUUAGGUCGACGAUUGCCGAGGCGGGUUUGAGCUUCGAUGGCUACCCGUCUAAUGAGGCUUGAGGGCAAGGAGGGUACCAGUUCGCCAUGGCGGGUCAACUUUAGUUUCUUCCGACGGGGCUGCUGAGGUGCUGGUCGCGGUGCCUCUUCCCCAACAGAGCCUUGUUCGGACGGUUGUCCAUCUUCAGACUCUUCUGCUGACUCCCGGGCUUCUUGUCGUGAAUGUCGAUCUUCCAUUGAUGGUGAUACUUCGACGAGCCUUGCUUCUUGAGCAUGUUGUGCAUAUUUUGAAGCUGUUUCCACAUCAGGGAUAGGCAAUUGGAAGUUCGAGUCAUCCAAUGUUGGGAUAUGCAAAUUGCUCUCGUCAGGCGGUGCUGAGGAGGGAGAUCUCUGAAGAUGUUGGAGGUCCCUCAAGACCUCAGUCUCCCCUCCACCAUCCCUAAGAGGUGUAUAGUUUGGAUCGAGCUCCGCCAGAUCGUGUCCAAUUUUCUCCGGACUCUCGGGCAGACCCUGAUAAUGCGACUCUCUUCUGAUCUCGAGCUCAGAAUGAAACCCCUCCAUGUCGAGGACCCCAAAGUCGUAUCGCGAUAGAUUUUCUGUUGGGUCAACUGUUUCGGCCCUUCUGCCUCUCUCGGACAGGAAUGUUGAUUCCUCGUCUCCGCCAUUAAAGCUGGCCUGUCCGACAGGGUCUGAUGCAGGAAAGGAACGUCUUGACAUGCGGCGGCUGUCAUCAGGUGAAUGCGCCUGGCUCCUGUAAUCAAUUGACCUGAAUGUGAACGUUGGAUUCUGAUGUUGUAGCUCGCUUUCUC